GGGUAUAAAAGGGGUGGGGGGUGGCGCAGGGACCCUUCAUCUCUGGAGAAAUAUCCGGAGAGCGAGCGCAAGGAUGCAAAAACGCGUCACUUUUGCCGACGAGGUGCUGCCCAACGUGAGGCGGACCCCCGUCCACUUCUGGGAUGGGAUGAAGGUCCCGUGCCUCACGCCCAGCAUCACCUCCAAGGAGAAAAUAAGCGUCUGGGAUGCGGUGUCAGCCUACAUCCACGAACACCUCCUGCUGCACCAGGGCGUCCGAAUUCCUGCCCUCGGCUCCUUCGACGUUGUCCCCAAAUUGGUGAAGGACGGGAACAAGACCUGA